AUAAGUAAUCACACGAUGUCUUGAGAAGAGAGAAGAAGAGAAAUUUCUUUUUCCUUGGUUAAGUUUCAGAAACCGUCGACAAGUGCAGCAGACGCAAACUCUAUUAGCGGUGGUGAACGUGAACACUUCAACUACACUCUGCUUCAUAGAUAUAUUCUGCUAGGGGAAGCUCAACUUCUUCCUCUUUGUUGCAACUGUUGCUAUAGUAAAUGGGUUUGACACCAGAAGUGUUGGCUCGGAGAAGUGGUGGCAAGCUCGUUGGGGCUCGGGUUCUGCAGUACAUAAAUGGCGGCCCUCUUUCCUUCAAAACCUACCAACUAAUCGUUCUGAUUGUAACAUUUUUGGCUUAUACUAGCUACCAUGCUACCAGAAAAACCACUAGUAUUGUAAAGAGUGUUCUUGAUCCACAAUCAGCAGACACAGGCCUGACCUUCUUUUGGUUAAGGCCAACCAAUGUCACUGAGUCAAAUGGAUUAAGGAGAGUUUCUUCCAAACUUGGAGAAGGUUGGGCACCGUUUAAUGGAUCAGAUGGAACAUCCCUUCUGGGUCAAUUAGAUGUUGCUUUUCUUGCUGUGUAUGCUUUUGGGAUGUAUUUUUCUGGGCAUUUUGGCGAUCGGUGUAAUUUGAGGAUUUUUCUAACAGUUGGGAUGGUAGGAACUGGGUUGUUUACUUCACUAUUUGGAUUAGGGUACUGGGGAAACAUUCACAACUUUUACUAUUUCUUAGUGGUUCAAAUGAUUGCUGGAUUGUUUCAAUCCACUGGAUGGCCGUCUGUGGUUGCCGUGGUGGGUAACUGGUUUGGAAAGAGCAAGAGAGGGUUGAUCAUGGGAAUUUGGAAUGCUCACACUUCAGUUGGGAACAUCAUUGGUUCUUUGAUUGGUUCUGCUAUGUUGACCUAUGGAUGGGGUUGGUCCUUUGUUGUGCCAGGAAUAAUAACUGCUUUCAUUGGUCUGGUGGUUUUCCUUAUAUUGCCCGUUACACCUGAGUCUGUGGGAGCUGAUAGAGAAGAAGAUGAUGAUAUCAGUUUUCCAGUAAAAGGUGGAGAAGAAGCUGCAGAGCCUUUGCUAAGGCAAGAGACUCCAGUUGAGGAGAAAGAAGCAGUUGGGUUCUUAGAGGCAUGGAAAAUUCCUGGGGUUGCUCCCUUUGCUCUCUGUCUGUUUUUUGCCAAAUUGGUUGCAUAUACGUUUCUCUAUUGGCUCCCAUUCUAUGUCAGCCACACAGCAAUUGAUGGGAAAUAUCUGUCUAGUGGAACAUCAGGAACUCUAUCAACUUUAUUUGAUGUUGGAGGAGUGCUGGGAGGAAUUCUGGCUGGUCACAUUUCUGAUCGCUUAGAUGCUAGAGCCAUUACUGCAGCAAGUUUCAUGUACUGUGCAAUCCCUGCUCUCUUCUUCUAUAGAAGCUACGGGCACAUUUCGUUGCUUUUGAAUGGAGCAUUGAUGUUCGUCACUGGCAUGUUUGUGAACGGGCCUUAUGCUCUUAUAACCACUGCAGUUUCGGCUGACCUGGGAACACAUAGGUCAUUGAAGGGUAAUUCACGAGCUCUUGCUACUGUGACAGCAAUCAUUGAUGGAACCGGUUCUAUAGGGGCUGCAGUUGGACCCCUGUUAACAGGUUACAUUUCUGCAAAGAGUUGGAGUGCAGUUUUCACAAUGUUGAUGGGAGCAGCUUUAGUUGCAGGAUUGCUUUUGACCAAGCUAGUAGUGGCAGAAGUAACCACAAAGAUAGAAGAAUCAAGGCCUAAUAGAGCACCGGAAUGUUCACUCAUUGUAUAAGAAUAAACUAUAAACAAUAGGUUCACGGUAAUGCUUUUUCUGUAUGUGUAGUGUAGGAGUGUCUGUGAAGUCUCAUUCAAAGCUUCACUGCAUUAAAUUAAAGAGGAACAUGCCCAACAGUGUUUAUAUGGAGAGGGCAUCUUCAGCUUUUAUGCUUCUUAAUAUGGGUGGACAGGUUCAGAUGUUGUCUGUCUGUACAUUGUGUGAGAUACCCAAUCACCAAAAGUAGCAUAGCAUCUUCCCUAAACACAAGCCAUUCAAGAUUUGCUUGUCAAGAAUGAAACUUGUCUAGUGAGUUUGCAAGUGAUUUUUGUACA